AUUCCAAAGUUCAGAGCUACCUGCCGUGGAGCUUUUCGGCCCAGGCAAAUAUAGAUUACGGCCGAGUAGAAGGGCCUAGCCCAUUUCGAAUCCCUUCACUAAACCCUCGUAAACCCUAAGAACAAGAACAAGGCGCGUUGGAAGCUAUGCAGGGAACUGAUUGCACGCUAGGCUGCUGUGGCUUCUGACUCCAGUGACAGAUCAAAGUAUAAAACAGAUCAGAAGAUUCGAAAGCAUAAGGAAUACAAGCAAAAGAUCUUAUCAAACUAUCCAGUCACAGACAGCUAGCUGAUCAAGAUAGGAUCAUUUCCAUUGAAGAAGCAGGGGUUGCUAAGUGACCGUGACGGAACUUCUGCUGUUGGCGGGUUUAAAGUUUUGGAAUGGCUGUGUCACUGUGGAGAAGUCGCACUGCUUCUUCGGCGUUCCACCUACUCACCAAUGCUAUGCGUCGUUUCUCUUCCGAUGUUACAAACACCAUUCCUAACAGUACACGUGAGAGUAUGAUGAAUCAAAUGAUGUAUUCUGACAUAAACUCACAAAUUGGUAGUUGCAUGCCACUGUCUGCAAUGCGAAUUGGAACAAUCAUUCACAACAUUGAGUUGAACCCAGGACAAGGUGGCAAGCUUGUUCGAGCUGCUGGAACAAGUGCAAAGAUCUUGAAAGAGCCCACAUCAACGUACUGUCUAGUCCAACUCCCGUCAGGUGUUAAAAAAUUGAUUGAUUCUCGAUGUAGGGCAACUGUUGGUACCGUGUCUAAUCCAAGCCACGAUGAUCGCAAGCUUAGGAAGGCUGGCCAAAGCCGAUGGCUUGGUCGAAGACCAGUUGUUCGAGGAGUGGCCAUGAAUCCUGUUGAUCAUCCCCAUGGUGGAGGAGAGGGUAAAAGCAAGAGUAGUGGGCGAUGGGGGCGAGGAUCUCGAACUCCUUGGGGAAAACCAACCAAGAGUGGGUACAAGACUGGACCCAUGAAACGCAGAAGGUAGGUUUUAUAUAACAUUCAGCUGUGUCUGAUACUUGUGAGAUGCUUAUAAUAAUUUUGGAAAUUAUCACUCCUGUGUUGGAAAUUCUGUUUCUAGUCAUGGAAUUGGUUUGGUUUUGCCAAUUUGUGGAUUUUAUUGGGUCAAAUUUUGUAGUUGUGAAAGUAAAAAGUUUUUUAAAUGUUUGCAUUUUCCACU